AUGCCACCGGCCGCCAGCUCGCUCGGGCACCGGCUCCGCGACACCCUGCCCGCGGUGCUGUGGGUCGGGCUGCUGUGGAGCUCCAGCGUCUCGGCAGCAGAUAAAGAAGUUCCCACAGCUGUCCCCUUUACCCCGUCCCCUGUGGUGACACCAAUGAGCACAAAGGAAUACAGCCCCAAAGCCAAAAGCUCCAGUGCCGUGGCUGGAGGUUUUCUGCAUUCAGUGCUUGCCCAAAACGGACGACUUGUCUCCCAGAAAGGGCCGAUCCUCCCCUCUGCCCUGCCAAAGAACCUGCUCCCCCUUCUGGGCAGGGGACUCAGCAUCAGCUCCCUCCCUGGAAGUCACUCCCUGGAGCAUCAGAGCGGGGGAUUACUAAGGAGGGUAAAACCCCCAGCAUCAGCUGCAGUGUCAGGCCAAGGCAGCGAUCCAACCCAGCCUGCUCCUACAGACACACACUCCCCUCUGCCUCACACACAGACACACACUCCCGAAGAAGAAGCUGAGAUCACCACUGUGGCCAUGAUGGUGGACGAGGACACUGAGGAUGUGGAAACUGAUACAGGGACACUUUCAUCAGCUGUGCAGAGCUGCAUGGUGAAUUUGUCCGACCCGGAGGGAUACAUAGACUCCUUGGACGACCCCCCUCUGCCUGAUGGUACCUUCUUACACUGCACCUACACUGUGACCGUGUACACCGGCUAUGGAGUGGAGCUGCAGGUGAAGAGUGUGAACCUGUCGGAGGGUGAGCAUCUCUCUAUCAGGGGUGUAGAUGAACGAGGGUCCCUGCUGGUCCUGGCCAAUCAGACGCUGAUGGUCGAAGGUCAGGUGAUCCGGAGUCCCACCAACACUCUGUCCGUCUACUACCGCUCUGGACCAGAGGGAAGCAUGGGCAUCUUCCAGCUGCACUAUCAGAUCUUCAGGCUGAGCUGUUCCCUGCCGAAGAGGCCUCAUUUUGGGGAGGUGUCUGUGCUGGACUUGCUCCCUGGAGGCAAUGCCCGUUUUCACUGCCAUAUGGGGUACCACCUCCAGGGGGAGGCGCUGCUCACCUGCCUCAAUGCUUCCCUGCCUGUGUGGAGCGGCAAGGAACCCAGCUGCAGAGCUCUUUGUGGAGGGACAGUGAAGAAUGCCACAGUAGGGAGGGUAUUGUCCCCUUCUCCCCACCAUGGGCCAAACGCCACCCAGGACUGUUCCUGCUCCUGGUCCCUGGAGGCACCUAAGGGCCAGAGGCUGCACCUGCACCUCGAGAGACUGGCCUUGGGAUCCACUGACAGGCUGGUGUUGUGGAGCGGGCUGGACGCCGGCUCUGUGGUGCUGUUUGAUUCAGGGCGCGGUGGACAGAUACCCUUUGAAGGAGUGAUCAGUGAGGGUCCAGCCGUGAGGGUCCAGUUCAUCACUGAUCAGCCUAACCACAACACAGGAUUCAACAUCCGCUAUGAAGCUUUUGAGCGUGGCCACUGCUAUGAGCCAUACCUCCAGAAUGGAAACUUCACCACCUCUGAUCCUUUGUACGGGGUUGGAGCUGUGGUUCAGUUUACGUGUGACCCAGGACACUCGCUGGAACAAGGGCCGCCUGUUAUUGAGUGCAUCAGUGCGAGGGAUCCAUACUGGAAUGACACAGAGCCGAUUUGCAAAGCACAGUGUGGAGGAGAUCUGACUGGUCCAGGGGGCGUGAUUCUGUCUCCAAACUGGCCAGAGUGGUAUGGAGAGGGGGAGGACUGCAGCUGGAGGAUACAUGUCGGGGAGGACAAACGGGUGCUGCUUGAUGUACAACUACUUAACAUCAGCGACAGUGACAUGUUGACAAUCACUGAUGGUGAUGAAGUAACCACACGUAUCCUUGGGCGGUACGUGGGAGGAAGCAGCCCCUUCAAGCUCUCCUCCACCACCCCCGACCUUACUGUCACCUUCCACUCCGACCCGGCGGGGCUCGUCUUUGGCAAGGGCGAGGGCUUCAUCAUCAACUACAUGGAGGUGUCCCGAAACGACUCCUGUCCAGACCUGCCUGAGAUCCAGAACGGCUGGAAGACAACAUCCCAUGUUGCACUGGUGCGGGGGGCUCACAUCACCUACCAGUGUGACCCUGGUUAUGACCUGGUGGGACGGGAGACCCUCACCUGCCAGCUAGACCUCUCCUGGAGCUCUCAGCCCCCGUUCUGUGAAAAAAUCAUGUACUGCUCAGAUCCUGGUCAUGUGGAGCACUCCACCAGGUCUCUGUCAGAUCCUAAACUUCUGGUGGGAACAACCAUUCAAUACAGCUGCAAUCCUGGCUUCAUCCUACAGGGCGGCGCCACCAUUACUUGCUAUGGCCGUGAGCCUGGGACUCCUGUGUGGACGUCUCGACUCCCUCACUGUGUCUCUGAGGAUUCCGUUUCCUGUGAAAAUCCUGGUCUCCCUGACAACGGCUACCAGAUCCUGUCCAAGAGGCUCUACCUGCCUGAGGAGUCGCUCACCUUUGUCUGUUACCAAGGUUACGAGCUCAUUGGAGAAGUUGCAAUUAAAUGCAUCCUGGGAAACCCGUCCUUCUGGAGCGGCCCACUUCCACUUUGCAGGGCCAACCAUGACUGCUUUGGCAACCAUGCUUUGGAAGUUGCAGAGGCGACCGCAGGCUCCACUCUGGAUGGAGGGAACAUUGCACUGGCCGUCUUCAUCCUGGUCCUUCUGUUGUCUGUGCUGCUGGGAGGAGCCUACAUCUAUGUAACACGGUGCAGGUAUCACUCCAACCUAAGGCUGCCACUUAUCUACCCCCACCCUUACCGACAGAUCACUGUAGAGACAGAGUUUGACAACCCGCUCUACGAGACAGGAGGGCAGGACACUCGUGAAUAUGAAGUAUCGAUAUGA